AUGUCGGAUUACGAUGACGAUAUGGACGUGGAUGCGCCCGCAUCCAAGAACGCCGUCCAGUUCAGUUCUGAUAACACCAGUGGAAAAUAUAAGAGAGCUGCUGCAGAUUUACCAGUAGAAGCUCAAGACAAUCUACCUUGGGUAGAAAAGUACCGCCCGAACUCCCUCGACGAUGUUUCCGGUCACAAGGACAUCCUAGCUACGAUCAAUCGGUUUGUCGAAGCGAAUCAAUUACCACACCUUCUCCUUUAUGGCCCCCCCGGUACUGGUAAAACCUCCACAAUCCUCGCCUUGGCCCGACGAAUAUACGGUACCAAAAACAUGCGACAGAUGGUUCUUGAACUCAAUGCUAGUGAUGAUAGAGGAAUUGAUGUGGUUCGAGAACAAAUUAAAACUUUCGCAAGCACGAAACAAAUCUUCUCAAUGGCCCCGCCCGCCGCCAGCAAGUCGUCGCUCGCAUCAUUCAAGUUAAUCAUCCUAGAUGAAGCUGAUGCGAUGACAGCUACCGCACAGAUGGCUCUCCGUCGGAUUAUGGAAAAAUACACUGCCAACACUCGGUUCUGCGUUAUCGCCAACUAUACCCACAAGCUCUCACCCGCCCUUCUUUCCCGUUGUACUCGGUUCCGGUUCAGUCCACUCAAAGAGCAAGACAUCAGAGUCCUGGUCGAUCAGGUGAUUGAGAAGGAAGACGUGCGUAUUCAGCCAGAGGCUGUCAAUAGCUUGGUCACAUUGAGUCGCGGCGACAUGCGCCGUGCUCUGAACGUGCUCCAAGCCUGCCAUGCCAGCAGCAAACCUCUUCCGAUUAAGAAUGCGCCCAAAGACCAGGCCAUCCCCGAACCGGAGACAAUCACGAACGAGACGAUUUACGACUGUAUUGCCGCACCACACCCGUCUGAUAUUCAACAAAUCAUGACCACACUCCUUGCAACUAGUGAUGUCACAUCAUGCCUCAAUACCGUCAAUGCACUCAAGAUUAACAAGGGCCUUGCGCUGGCAGAUAUUCUUGCUGCACUGGGGGAGCAACUCCAGAGGCUUGAAGUUCCAGCGCAAACGCGGAUUACAUGGCUGGAAGGACUAGCUGAGAUUGAAUGGCGACUUUCUGCCGGCGGAUCGGAGACCGUUCAAACCGGAGGCCUGGUGGGGGUUGUUCGCAAUGGAUGUGAAUUGAUUGGGGACAAAGGAGUGAGCAUGGCAACAUAG